AUGCGCGAACAAGGUGACGAGUUCGUCGUGAAAGAGUUAAAAGAAGACGACGUGGUGGUCGAGGUGGCCGGGGUGGUCGAGGUGGCCGUGGUGGUCGAGGUGGCCGUGGCGAUCGUGGAGGCUACAAUGGCGGCCGAGGACAGCACCAAAAGAAGAAAACUGGACCAGCAUUUCGUGGGUAUUGCUUUACUGCAAAGAGGACGAGUUCAACAAACGAUCAAGUUGACGGACGGUUUGUAUGUGCCCCAACUAUAUAAGAAGCUGGUGCCCGUUCCGGCGUCGGCGGAAUGUAGCGCGGUCAUGCAAUUUGAGCGCGAUCAAGCGACGCUGGAAGUGAAUGGAGAAGCUCUGGACGUGAUUCAUCGAAACAUUGAGCUGUUCAUGAAGCAUUUACAACAGCUGAAGAAGAAACAAGCCGUUCGGUUAGAUGCUAUAAUGCGUGGAGAUUGGGCGUUAUGGCAUGUUCGACUGAGCCAUAUUUCCGCAUCAAAGAUGCAAGCUGCUGUAACGAUAAAUGAUAGACUGCCUGGACUUCAACAUCUAGAAGAUAACGUGCUCGCUAAUUUGGUGGCUGUGCUUAAGACAAGAUGA